CGUUAACAAGAUGUCGGAAAGGAAGGUUUUGGAUGGUGACCUCUAGCAGAAGUCGUUCAAAUAGUGGGAAGUUAGUGAAAUGAUAAAGAGAAAAUUAGUCAUAUCUCAUAUAACAUAAUAAGUGAAGUUAAUCACCAUGGGCAGUGUGAGAUAUGGUUUCAUUUCUGCAGGGAAGUUCAUCAGUGUGCGAAGUUCUGGAGUUCUGCAUGUUUCAGAUAUGUGUUGCUAUGUGUUCCGCAUCGGCUCAGCCCCAUUUGUUCGACGCAGCUUGGUGACAUCAUCAUCCGUACUCAAGAUAGUAACAAAUACUCCUGGGGGUGAUUCAGGCAGUGCUGUCAAGGCUGAAGGAGGCGGGAAGAGGGGAACAUCUGGCAAAGGAGCAGGCAAAGAUGGUGGAAACCAUCUGAUAUGCCCUAAAUGCGGAGACCCCUGCACACACGUGGAGACAUUUAUGCCUUCAACAAGAUUUGUAAAAUGUGAAAAGUGCCAUCACUUCUUUGUCGUCCUGUCAGAUGUGGACACCAAAAGGAGUUUAAAGGAAGGUCGUGAUGACCAGAAGAGUGGAUUUUUUAGAAAACCGCCACCACCUCCUAAAAAGAUCUUUGAGUACCUGAACAAGCAUGUUGUAGGACAAGAACAUGCCAAAAAAGUUUUAUCUGUGGCAGUGUACAACCACUACAAGAGAAUAUACAACAAUAUACCACCACAGCAGCAGAGUAAUAACAAUCAUAGGCAAGACAUGGCAGUCAUGGAGCAAGGACCCCAACAGUCAUUCACUCACAGAGACCUGCUGCACAUAACAGGGAUUGGGCAUGGUGCUUCCGGCCUUGGUGUGGGGUUUCAGCACACGCCACCGCCUGAACCAGAGCCUCGGCGGCCAGCGGCAGCAAGCACAAUGGGGAGUGACAUUCUGGAUUCGAACAGCCAUGAAUUGAAGCUUGAGAAGAGCAACAUUCUCCUGUUGGGUCCCACGGGUUCAGGGAAAACACUGCUAGCACAGACAAUAGCCCAAUGUUUGGAUGUGCCAUUUGCAAUUUGUGACUGUACAACAUUAACUCAAGCGGGCUAUGUGGGUGAAGACAUAGAGAGUGUUAUUGCAAAGCUUCUGCAAGAUGCUAAUUACAGUGUUGACAGAGCACAGAUGGGGAUUGUGUUCCUGGAUGAGGUGGACAAGAUUGGUGCUGUGCCAGGGAUCCAUCAGCUCAGAGAUGUUGGUGGUGAAGGUGUACAACAAGGAAUGCUCAAGAUGUUGGAGGGAACUAUUGUAAAUGUGCCAGAGAGAAACUCACCUCGUAAACUACGCGGAGAAACUGUUCAAGUGGACACGACAAAUAUAUUAUUUGUGGCUUCAGGAGCAUACAACGGCCUGGACAGGCUUAUUAGCCGGAGAAAAAAUGAGAAAUACCUUGGUUUCGGUGUACCUGCUAGUGAAUCCCCUGGUCGGCGUGCUGCAUCACUAGCAGAUCAGGCUCACCAGAGUGCUGCCACGUCAGCUGAAGAGGAUAAUGCGGAGAAGGAUGCGUAUCUAAAACAAGUAGAAGCUCGGGAUCUGAUAGAAUUUGGCAUGAUUCCGGAAUUUGUGGGCAGAUUUCCAGUUCUAGUUCCAUUCCAUUCCUUAAACACAGAACUGUUAGUUCGGAUACUUACUGAACCUCGUAACGCAAUGGUACCACAAUAUCAGAUGCUGUUUGGUAUGGAUAAGGUUGAUCUAACAUUUUCACCAGAAUCAUUAUUGGCCAUUGCGCGACUUGCUAUGGAAAGGAAGACUGGUGCACGUGGUUUGCGAGCCAUUAUGGAAACACUGUUACUUGAGCCAAUGUUUGAAAUCCCUGGUUCUGAUGUGAUGAGUGUCCACAUCACAGAAGAUGUUGUUAGUGGAGCGAGUGCACCUGUAUAUAUACGAGGAAAGCCAGUGUCACAAGACGAAGAAGAACAGACAAUUGAGGUGCAAGCACGUGCUAAAGCUAAGAAGUUUGUAACAUCCUAUUUUUAAACAAAGCGUUCGUUGUUGGAGUCCAGCAUAAAGAAUAGAGUUAUGUGGUCUUAUGGGCUGUUCCUUCCAAGAGUGACAUCUAUAUAAUGUCUGGUGUUCCUUGCCCCCCUCCCCCUCCUUUAUUGGUACCACAGUUAAUGCAGUUACCUUUUAGUUUAAAUAUAUGGAAUUUUCAUUACACUGUAUAGAUCUGAAUGCACAUACAAUCAGGUUUUUGUGGUAUAUGGAUUCUUUACAUAUAUGCCUACUUCCUCUGGGUCUUGUCUCCAAUUUUGAUUCAUUUUUCUGUUCUUGCAUCCAGUUUUGAGUAAAUAUUUUCCAGUAUUUUUAAUUCAGAUAUAUUUCUAUUUAUUAUUUUCUUAUUUGCUAAAUCUUCAUUUAUUUUUAACCAUUUACUAAAUACAGGUUCUUCUGUCUGCAUGAUUGCACUUCUUGUUAUAAAAGCAAUUCAUAAAUUAUUAACCAUUUGACUACUGUACCCUGCCAUAGAAGUUUACUGUUAGAAAUGCCAAGACUGCUUAGUAGUAAGUCCUGUUACACAGAAUAUACUUCUUGUGAAAGGCCAUUCUUUCCCCUGAUUAUUGGUAUGUCACGCUUGAUGCCAUCUAUUGACAGAAAUGCUAUACUAAUUGAUAAACAACAAACCGAUAUCUUCCACUGUGGCGAUUUUAAUGCAAGUACGUUGUCCCAUGCAGAGGAUUAAAUUUGCUGUCCUCCUGUUGGACCCUAAGAAUCCUGCUUACUAAAAAUAACAGCUUUCUCCCCUGUGGAAUUCAGUGUGUGUAAUUAGUCCAGUAUGCUCCAGAAAAUCGUAAACAGUGUUUUUGGGGGCGGAUUUGAAGUUCCUACAUCAGUGAUCAUGAAGAGUACAGUCUUCUGAGUUGUAAUGCUGUGUAAUUCAGAAAAGGUCUGACAGUUUGGAGGAAAUUAUCACUGCUCUCCAUCUGACACAGGGUUUUUUGGGAACUACACAGCGUUACAACCCAGAAAACAGUACUUGUCCUUUCUUCGCCCUUCUCUGUUAGUAUAGUGAAACAGAUUUGCACACUGACCCUGCAUUUAAAUUGUGAUGAGCACUGUAACCAUAUGUUACAGUAUUAUUGCAAUAAGAGAAAUAGUCCAUUCUAAACAUUGGAAAGAACACUGUGGUUGUGAUAUUUUCUUAUUAAUAGAUAUAACAUGGUAUACAUGGUAUGAAUGCAAAUAUGGUGUGUUAAAAACUUGUCAGGGUAUUUGUAUGGAUAUCUCACCCCGUUGCAAUGAUUCUGAUUUUUAUACUUUUGAUGUGAGAGACUUAAAAAUUAUUUUGUUUGUUUGAUAAAAAUUGCUUUAUUAGUCAAAAGUGAAGCGGAAGCAAGGUGAUACUACUGGAAUGUUGGCCUGUUUUUGCCUUUUGUUAAAAAAUUAACUACAUCCUGUAAUGAUGGAGAACACGAUGUGAGCAUUACCAUAAUUUUGAGCACUGAUGACAAAGUUAGUAGUGGUUUAUGGGCAAAUUACCACACAGAUUGAUAUAGAGGUGAUUCUCUAGGAGGUACUUGGUUCGACUGUUGUCUAGGAUGCCAUCUAUCCUGACUGAAGAUUUUUUUGAGUUCCUCCAGGCAGAUGCUGGGACACUACCUUAAUUAGGUCACAGCCUCUCCUCCUUCAUUGGCACUACAACCCUGUGUGGGUCUUGCCCUCUUCCAUGGGCUCUUGAGGUCUAGUAGCAAUAGAUUUUUCUGGGGUAAUGUUAGCUCCAUGCCCAGCCCCAAACCUGUAGGACCAGGACUGCACUUUAUCUGGCCCCUACUCUUUGACCUGUGUGGCUCCACCAGAAGCUUAUCCUCCCGAAGCAUAGCCAGAGCCAUUUCCUUCUGAAUUCUUUAUAUGAUAUGUAAGUACCAAUAUUUCUAGUUGCACCAUUCCUUGAAGGUGUAUAGGUGUUAUACAUAGCUUUAUGUAAGAUGGAGGUCAGCAAUAAACCUCGUGUUCCAACUGACCCACAUUUUGCCAGUAAUUGUGAAGAAGCCUUUACAAUCCAAGUAACUUAACGAAGUAAGUUUUGUCUCUGAUGGUGUGAGAGGUAAUGCAAAUGCAGCGAUUUGUUUAGAUCGAUAAGUUUGGUUUGUGUAUAACAGCAUCUGUUUAUCAUGUUAUUUUUUUAAUGUAAACCAUAGGUUCUCAGCUAUAGAUAGUGGCUGGUUCUAAUAUGGUAGCCAAAUAUAAUUUUUUCAUUAUGGUAAUUACAAAGUUUAUAUGUCAUGAGAUUAAUGUUUUCCCCCCUAAUAAAUUAAGUGCACGUGUAAAAUGUUAACUGCGUAUGGUCUAUAAAGCCACUUCAGUUUCACAAUUUCCUCACUGUGGUCACGAAAAGAAAAUUUACCAGUGUCGGUUAUGCAAAAUGUUUAUCUUCACUGUCAGAAUGUCCACUUCUCUUUUACUUUCUAUCUGUUUUGAUGAUAAUGAGAAAUUCCCUGUCUGAAUUCCACAGCUUUUAUGGUAUAAGAUUGUUACCUUAUUUUGCAUGUCUGAGAGGAAGAAAUGCCCAUAAUUAUUUUUUUCGUUAUUUUGCCUGUCUGAGGAGAAGAAACACAUAUAAUUAUUUGAAUAUGGUGGAACCUCCAUCUAAUAGUCCUCAUUUUAAGUUUUUCCCUCCUUUAAUAUACAGUUUUUUUGAUCCCAUGUCAAUAAUGUCAUUGUUAAAUUACCUUUAAGAUUUUCAUCUCUGUUCAAAGCCACUGCUCCCCUGAAGAAAAUUUAAGUGGUGAUUUCACUGUAAAAUGGACAUGGAUAUUUCGUAACAGUAGGUUGGCACUCAUUGUAUGUUAUACUGCAGAUUAUAGUUUUCCUUUUAUUGUUGGGUCUGAUGAGAUAUGCUUACCAGCGUUUGUCAGAAAUUAACUUUACGUUGUAAUACUAUUGCUAGAGCAUGGGACAUAAUGUUUUUCAGGCUCAUAUGUUGAAAGCCACGUUUGUGAAUUGGUAUAAAAAUACACUUUAUUGUGUUAUAGUGGUAUGUGUCUGAUCUCGUUAGCUGAUAUUUGACAAACUUUACAUUUGGUAUGGAAGUAAUAAUACAAAUAAAAUAUAUAUAUAAAGGAGAUUAAUUCUUUUUAUUUGUAAUGUAAUUUAAACUAUUAUUUAAUAAUAAAAGUGGAUUGAUAUUUUAAGUCCAUGUGUAAUAUACUGUAUAUAAUUUAUAAUAUAUAUAUGUAUAUAUUGUACUGA